AUGAAGUACUCAAUCAUCGCUACUGCUUUCACUGUCUCAUCCGUCUUGGCCGGUAAGGGACCAAAAGACACCAACGCACAACCAACUUCAACUGUCUACGCUACUGAAACCACCCACAAGUAUGGUAGAUUCAACAAGACUCCUCACCCAACCACCACCACCGUCAUCGUCUCCCCAUCUGAAUGGACCAGUUUGAAGAACGCUGGUUCUGCUGUCAGAAACAACCACAGAAGAGAUGAAAUCUUUACUGCUGUCAAGAGAGCCAAUGGUACUGCUGGUGCCGCUGGUAACUCCACUGGUGGUGUUGCCGGAAACUCUACCGGUGGUGCUGCUGGUAACUCUACUGGUGGUGCUUCUAACUCCACAGGUGGUGCUGGUCAAAGCAAUGCUGGUAUGACUGCUUCUGGUGCUUCAUUCGCCAUUGCUGGUGCCGUUGCUGCUGGUUGCGCUUUGUUGAUGUAA